AUGACCAUCAAGUCUCUCGACGCGUACCUGCAGCAGCACAAGAGCCUGGUCCAGACACUGCCGUUGAGCACGCUGUCCGACACACGCCUCGGCAUCGACGCUGCCUUUUAUCUCUCGCAGGUCCUUGAUCCUCCUCCUUCAAAGGAUGGAAAGCCAUCAGCCAGCUCAAAGGAGCCCCUUCUCGCGGCCACUGGAGGCGUCCCUCUGGCCCUCGCUGCCCGCGUCGAGAACGACCUUCGCGUGCUCGAAAAGCUCAAAAUCAAACCAGUAUUUGUAUUCCCAGGUCUCCUCCCAAAAAAAGUCAACCGUUCGCAUGGACCAGGCAUGGGUCCCAACUCGCCAAACGGUGGCAUCAAUGGUAUGCCCGUCAACAAUCUCGGACUCGGUAUCCCCAGUGUCUCCGAGUAUGCAGACGAAAUGAGAGAACGGCGUGAAGCUUGGGAGCUCUACGAACGCGGUCUAAAUGAACAAGCCGAAAAGCUUUUCGAAGGUCACAGCGGCGUGACGCAUUGGGAACUAUGGAGGAGUGUCCUGCGCAUGUUCAGGAAUCGAAACGUCGAGUUUCUUGUCGCGCCUUAUACUGCUACUGCCCAGCUCGUCUAUCUUCUCAGACACCAAAAGGCCUAUAUCAAUGCAAUCUAUUCCUCCACCGACAUUCUCCUGUUCCCAUCCGUCGACAGGAUCAUUACUUCCAUCUCCUUCUCUGCGACGCCUCCUUCGUUUACAUACAUUUCAAAGAAAAGUAUAAUCUCGGAUCUUGCGGCUUCUCUCCCUCCCCUUCCUCACCCCAAUAAUCAUGCAAACUCGACCAUCUCGGACGAUCUUUUCAUGGACUGCAUGAUCCUUGCUGGCGCAGAGCAUAUGCCUGUAUUCCCACCAUUAGUCACACCAGAGACCAUCACAUUCCCAAAGAUUGUCGAGCUCGUCCGUCACUACAAGACUGGCCAUGCCUGUGUGAUGGCAUUCAACGAAGACCCGCGAAUCAAAGCUCCUGGUUCGCCACCGACAACCACCAGUCAAUAUGCAGACCAGUUCAUGCGGACAAGGGCAAUGUACAAGUAUAGUCUCAUUCUCUCCAGCGACGGCAGCGUGCAACCACUUCCACUCGCUGUACCGGCGCCUGCACCUGGAGCGGGAAACUCGUUUAGUAUGACAGCUGCCGACAUCCCUCUCGAUCUGCAUGAAGUGUUCACCCAUCGACUACCAGACGAAAUCUACUUCUAUCUCAGCAGGGGUCUUCUCAGUCCACAUGCUCUGAUAUGGCUGACGAGUGGCACCAUUGUCGAGCGUCCACCGCUUUGCAACGGCGAGACAUCUGAUUACCGGCGAUUCAUCAAAGAGGUUAUUACUGAAGGAGCCACUGGCCCGCGAGCCAUGACUCUCGCCCUUAUCUCGAGCGUCGUCCAUACAUUCUGGACAAGCAGGAGAGUCAUUGGCGUCUUCUGGUUCGAUCAAGCGUCUCAAGUUCCUGGCACUCCUGCAAUGGGUAAUCAAAACCAACUCAAGGGUAUCCCCUUUAUUUCUCGCGAAACGACGCAGGCGGUAGAAAGGAUCACAAGCUGGCUGGUUCCGACUGGCGUCAUUGAAGACGAGUUGCGAGUGCAAAUGUCAUCGACCAUCGACUUUUCUUUAUGCCUCGGAGCCACCUCGAACGACCAACGAGCUGCUCGUACUCGUAACAAGAGCAAGUAUCUGGAACGAAAGGAUGAAGUGGUCGCCAAUGUUAUCUGGAGAUUCUUAGAUCUCAGAGGAUUCCUUGCACCAAACCACACUCACGCCCCUCUUGCACGAGCAAUGUAUGCGGCGCUCAAACAAUCGCGAACCAACGACAAAUUCCAAGAUCCGCUCUUCCUCUUCCUUGAAUUAAUCCGCGCAGGCGUUUUGCAUUGGAACCUGUGGGGCGGUCGUGCCUAUAGCGGUGGACCAAGCUUUGGCGACGAAGAAGAGAAGAAGUGCAUGCUUCUCGUCAUGAGAGUCAUCAGCCUCGUACCUCUAAACACCAAGCCUCAACCCUGGGCAGCGCCCUUGUCGCGAGAGCUAUUGGCGUUCAACUCGUUCCUACGUGCCCUCUCCCGCUCUCUAAGGAUUCUAGUUGAAGUUACGGCCCUCAACUUGCUCCUUCGUGGUGAUGCGAAUCGUGCAAGAGAAGACCUGUUGGAUAUCGCCAUGGCGUUGCCGUUCCAAAAUGACACCAACACUGGAUUUGGUAUUCUGGCAAAGGUCUACCUAGACGCGCUUCACGCACUGUACGAGGAGCGGAUCGUGUCUCGGGAUGAUCCAGGCGUCUUUGAAGCCAAGGAGAGUGCUAUGGAGUGCGUGGAUGACACCUUUGAUGGCGUUCGCAAUCCAAGAGCAGAGGUGGAACGCGGCUUCCGAUUCUGGGACGCCGCUCUUUGUGCGGUAAGGCAAUUGCACGCGGAUGGACAGAUCAACUCGGAAUUGGCAGAUGCAUUCGAGGCGGCUCAGAGCUGGCUGGAACCCCGACGCCCAUGA